AUGCAGGUGGUCGCUGAGGCGGUGGGAGUCUUCUGGGAGAGACAGAGAAACAAAGUACAAAGGAGCUGUUUUCAGGCAUUUCAGAGCAGAGUUUUCUGUGGGGACUUUGGACUUUUUCGCUUUGCAAACCUGCACAAAAAAGUGUCCAACAGGGCCGUUGUGACUCUCCAACCCAGCUGGACUCAGAUCUUCAGUGGUGAGACGUUCACUGUCAGAUGUGAGAUCCAGAGAGGAGGAAACACUAAAUGGACGUAUGAAUGGACACCAGACGAAUUAAACAGACCUACAACAGACAAUGAAUACAGGAUCAUCAGAGCUACUGUGUCCCACAGUGGAGACUACAGCUGUAAGGGUAGAAGAGACUCAUAUUCCUCAACAAAGUGGAGUGAUGUCAUCAAAUUGACAGUAUCGUCACAGAGACCAAAGGCCCAACUGAGAGCUGACAGGAGAGACUUUCCAGCAGGGGGCAGUGUGACCCUGAGCUGCUCUGUGAACCCGUCAUCUGGUUGGAAAUACUUCUGGUACAGAGGAGAGAAAACCUCUGAACCCCUGAACACACAAGAUGCUGUCUUCAUCUCAGAUGGACAAAUCAGUGUCUCACAGGGAGGACUCUACUGGUGCAGAGGAGGAAGAGGAGACCCAGUUUACUACACAGAGGACAGUGAUCCAGUCAGUAUUGACAAAAUUAUCCCAAACAGGGCUGUUGUGACUCUGCAACCAAACUGGUCUGAAAUAUACUCAGAUGAGACGAUCACUCUGAGAUGUGAGAUCAAGGACGGAGGAGACACUGAGUGGGAGUACGAAUGGAAAACAACGAGCUCAUACAAACCUUUAAAAGACAGUGAAUACAGGAUUAGAUAUGCUUACUCAGCCCUGAGUGGAGACUACAGGUGUAAGGGCAGAAUGAAAAGUGCACAGCAGUCUUCAACAGACUGGAGUGAUUCUGUCAAAUUAACAGUAUCAGACAAGCCCCAGUCUGUCCUCACUGUGUCUCCAUCCUGGCUGAGUCCUGGAGCCUCAGUAACUCUGAGCUGCAGAGUUAAAGAUCCAUCUGCAGGAUGGAGGUUCUUCUGGUUUAAGGCUGUUCCCAAACUAUCAGGCAACUCCUACGACCAAGAGCUGCUACCUGGCAGCAGCAACGGGACUGAACAGGAUUCCUACAUCGUUCAUGGACAGACACACACAGCAGGAUAUAAGUGCAGAGCUGGAAGAGGAGAUCCAGUGUAUUACACUUAUUACAGUGAACCAAAGUUUGUCUGGUCUGGAGAUUUUCAUUCAUCAGCGUCUCUCACAGUGAGUCCUGACAGAGUGCAACACUUCACCUCUGACUCUGUCUCAUUGAGCUGUGAGGGAAACUCUACUGAGUGGAGAGUGAGGAGGUUUACUGAGGACGACUACCCGUCAUACUCAUCAUACUGCUCCUACUGGGGCACAAUGACUGGAUCCACAUGCAGCAUAAACAGUUACUGGCAGAGUGAUGCAGUGUACUGGUGUGAGUCUGGAUCAGGAGAGUUCAGCAACGCAGUCAACAUCACUAUACAGAAUGAACAUAUUAUCCUGGUGAGCCCUGUCCGUCCUGUGACUGAGGGAGAUCCUGUUAGUCUCAGCUGCAAGUUCAGGACAGAAAAGUUAGUUUCAGAUGCGUUUUUCUAUCGAAAUGACAAACUGAUUCAAAAUGAUAGCAGAAGGGAGCUGAACAUCUCUGCAGUGUUGAAGUCAGAUGAGGGUUUCUACAAGUGUCAACACUCAGGAGAAGAGUCAGCACAGAGCUGGAUGUCAGUUAAAGUGUCCAGACCUGAAAGCUCUUCAGUUCCUGUACCGUUGAUUGUUGGGCUGGUUUGUGGAAUCGUACUUAUUCUUCUUCUGCUCCUUUUGUAUCGCUACAGACCGUCCAAAGAUUCCUGCUCCAUCAGGCCAAUCCAGUCUGAGAGCACUAAUCGAGGUUCUGCUGAAAACUACUCCUCUCCUGUCCACGUGUCUGCAGGUGAUGCUCCUCUCUAUGAAACAAUCAAAGGCUUUGAAAACACACAGAGUGUUGCAGAUGAGUCCCAGGAUUUCACAUAUUCUUUGAUCGAGCUUAAAAACAUUGAAAAGAAGAAGAAGCGACAUGAACCAGAGGAGGUCUGUGUUUACUCUGAGGUGAACACUGGGACUGCAGGAAAAUCACCUCCUGCAGCAGCUGAUGAAGUUAAACCAGGAACAGCUCUUGGUCUGUAAAGAGAGCUGAGUUGGUAAAGAAAAAUGGUCGACAGCAUUUUAUAAACUUACUGUGUGGACGUCUGCUUUCAAACAUGAGACAUGUUCAGUGUUUUGUUGUUAAUUUAUCAGCAGAUUAUAAAAAAAUUACAUCAUGUGGAUUUAAUUACUUUCUAUUUUAGCACAAAGCACAUGUACUACUGAUAUGUAUUUUGAUUUAGUAUUUAUGGGCUGCAUAUUAUUAGUUUUCAUUUUGUCAUUUAUUUUCAACUCUUCUUUAAGUUUGCUACAGUAUGUUUGAGCUUUAGUACCCAGGUGAUUAUAGUCAGCGUCUUUUUCAGAGUUAAAUGAGAAAGAUCAAGUUCAACAGUUACUUUAUGUCAUGAUCUGCUAUCGAACAACAUAUCCUCACAUGUAAAUGUUUUUCUCUUCAAAAAUAUAUUUGUGAAAGUU